AUGGAUACUUCGUAUUCAAACUUAUUCAACCCUCUCUAUAUUUCUCACUUUUUGUUCCUUUUGUUUUUGGCAUCUUCAUGUCUGCACACUAGCAGUCACUUCUGUUUCUGUUUGGUUGAUGGAGUUCCAAGCACUGGUAGUGUGAGAUCAUGCAUCGAGGAAGAGAGAAGUGCGCUUCUCAGUUUUAAACAGGAUCUCAAGGAUCCCUCUGGAAGGCUUUCUUCUUGGGCGGGUCGCGAUUGCUGUCAAUGGCAAGGGAUUUCGUGUAACCGCAAUGGUCAUGUGGCCAAGCUGAACCUCCGAAAUCCAUAUGACUGGAAAACUGAAGAUUUCAACAUCCAGGAUCCACAUUCAUAUGUUUGGAGGUAUGAUGAAAGGUGGGACGAGUUGGCUUAUCAUGAGGAGUCUUAUUUGGGGGGUAAGAUAAAUCCUUCUUUGCUUAGCUUGAAAUAUUUAAAUUAUCUGGAUCUAAGCUGCAAUGAUUUUGAUGGGAUUCACAUUCCUAAGUUCUUUGGGGAGCUUAAAAGUCUGAGGUAUCUCAAUAUAUCCCAUGCAUCAUUUUCGGGAGAGAUUCCCCCUUCUCUCGGUAACUUGUCAAAAUUGAACUAUCUUGACUUUGAUAUCUCUUCUGAUUAUGUUAGCUCAAUGCAUUCCAAAAGCUUGAAUUGGCUUUCUCAUCUCUCUUCCCUAAAAUACCUCAAUCUCAAUGGAGUGAAUCUUAGCAGCACAGGAGUUCCAAAUGUGCUGCAUCAUGUUAACUUGCUUCCUUCUUUACUGGAGUUACACUUACCUAAUUGCUUGAUUGAUAGCAAUCCACUAUCGGUCCUUGAUCUGUCAAAUAAUUCCUUCAAUACUUCUUCAUUUCCCAGCUGGCUUUUCAAUCUUACGAGCCUCAGAAAACUUGAUUUAAGCCAUAAUUCUUUCCAUGGUCGAAUUCCAAGAGUCAUUGGAAAUAUGUGCAAACUGAAGUUUUUAAGUCUUAGUGGGAACGGAUUUUAUGGAGAGAAAAUUGAAGAGUUUUGGGGGAGUUUGUCAAACUGUCCAAAUAAUACAAUAGCAUUAGAAUCACUAGAUUUGUCUUCUUGUGGGCUCGAAGGCCAACUGCCGGACUCCUUAGGAAUGUUAACAAGUUUGCAGCAUCUCAACCUCGAGAAUCUCUUACUUUGGGGUUCAAUUCCAGAAUCUAUUGGAAACUUGUCAUCCUUGAAAACAUUGGACCUGUCUAGUAAUAAUAUGAACGGCUCAAUUCCAGAAAGUUUGGGAAAACUUUCCGAGCUAGUUAAACUAGAUCUUUCUUGGAAUUCAUGGGAAGGCAUUCUAACGGAAGCCCAUUUCAUAAAUCUCACCAGAUUAAAAGCCAUUUCAAUAUCCAGUGAGUUGGAAGAAAUGCCCAUGUCCCUUGUUUUAAACGUGACUUAUGAUUGGGUCCCUCCUUUCAAGCUCCACGCACUUAACAUUAGAGACUGCAGAGUAGGUCGUGGUUUUUGGGUAUUGCUUCAAUCUCAAAGUGAACUAGUAUAUGUCAGCCUUCGUAAUACUUUCAUCUCGGGUUCCAUAUCAGAGGAAUGGUUGUCAAAGAUAUCUUCUCAAGUCAAACUUUUGGAUUUAUCUUACAACAACUUCAGUGGAAGGCUUCCAUUACAAUUGAAGUUUCCAAAGCUAUCUCGUAUCAAUUUGGGUCAUAAUCAAUUGGAGGGCCCACUUCCAAUUUGGCCCACUAAUGCCUCCUUCUUAGAUCUUCAAAGCAAUUUAUUUUCUGGGCCAAUUCCCUCCAAUUUAGAUCAAUUGAUGCCCGAAUUGACUCAUCUUGAUGUUUCUGAGAAUUAUUUGAAUGGUACUAUUCCACUCUCUAUUUGCAACAUGGAGGAUAUGAGAAUCAUUUCACUAAGAAACAAUCAACUAUUUGGAGAGUUCCCUCAACAGUGGAGUUCGUGGAAUAUAUUCAGUAUUGAUGUCUCACACAACAAUCUUUUCGGUGAAUAA